AUGGUAUUCUCAAAUUUGAAAUUUUCUGUAAUUUUUUUGCUCAUUUUGUCACUACGAUGUUGCGGACAAGUAAGUGCAGAGUUCGUUUUCAAGUUCCCUGCAGCAAAUAAGUUUGCUGAAUAAACUGUCUCACACCUAUAUUUUUUUACUUGCAAUUUUUUCAGCUUUGUUUUUGUGGCAGUUGGCAAUAAAAACUUUUUUGAAAUUUUGUUUCCCAAGCCGUAAAAAAGCGAUUUAAAAGUAGUUGUUGUUAACAAUAUGUGAAAGUACGUUUUCAUUGCUUUUCAGUACGCCGACUAUAGCCAGAAAGAAGCACAAGGAAAGAAUGGUCAACAUUCAGGCGGGGACCCAUUUGUAACUGAAAGGUUCUUCGAGCAACGGAACGAUCACUUUGUAGAUCCCAACCAGACUGGCACUUUUAUCCAAGUAAGUCAAAAAGAAUAGCUAUUUGCGCGGAGUGCGAAGGAACGUUUAAAUUUGGUUUAUUUUGACCUUCAGCGUUACUUUGAAAAUCUUGCAUUUUUCAAACCAUACGGUCCGGUAUUUUUAAUCCUGUCCGGUGAAGGAGAAGUGCAACCAGAUCAUAUUGGACGGGACCGAACAUUAUUGUCUCAACUAGCUGAACUGUAUGGCGGUGCGCUGUUCAUACUGGAACAUCGAUAUUACGGGAAGAGUGUUCCUCAAGGGUAAGCCAUCGUCUAUUGCGCAUAUCUCUUCCAUUGACCAAUUACAGAAACUAUACAAAGUAUGAAUUUCUGUCUUCCCGGCAAGCCAUCGAAGAUGCCGCUUACUUUGUUCGCUCAAUGCGAGAAAGGCCGCAAUUUAUGACGUCUCGGUGGAUCGUAAGUGGGUGCUCCUAUUCAGGUAAGUAAUAAGAGAUUUUUAAAUUAUAAAAAAUCCGUUUUAAGGCUCUCUUGCGACAUGGUUUAGAGCUCGAUAUCCCAGUCUCACAGCCGGCGCAAUUGCAUUUUCAGCGCCGCUAGAGGUACAGAUUGAUUUUGAAGGUGUGUUCAACAAAAGUCAAGACGUAAUUCCAUCGCUGUUUAAGAAUACAAAACAGCUGUUAGCGAGAGCCUAUGGAGAAUUAGCGAGCCGUGCGCUGGCCGUCUAAGAGAUGCUCUGGAACUUUUGAACGCCGAGCUGCAGCUGGAUUUAGAUAAUCGAAUUGAGACUUUGAACAGUUUGUCCUUAGGGUAAGGAAUUGUGAUCUUUUAGGAACAUCCAAACAGUAGUAUUUUUAACAAGGUAACUUUUGCUUUCAGGACGGAAAACUUGACAAUCUAUGAGCCAAAUGCCAUCCGCGAAAGACUGAUGACUGAGAUUCUGUUUGUAAUGGGCGGAAUGCUGCAGACGAGGACCCAAGACGAUAUUCGUCUGAUUUGCAGAGACAGAGUAGAGAAUCUCCGGUAAACGUUCUUAAAGUAUCUAGAAAAACAAAUUUCCAUUGCGUCAGCAAUUGAGAACUGUCUUUUAAGAUGUCUCAAUCUUUAUUUUAACCCUUGUCGGCCCAAAUUUGGAAAACCCUCCUAAUUCAGAUACCCGUUGCUUUCUGUUCUCAGCCACCUUUUUCAAAAUAAGACAAACUUCGAAGAGUCCGGUUACGACCUCAACGGAUGGUCGUACCAAUUGUGCAACGAAUUUGGAUGGUUUGUAGCAUCGGCGGAGGCCGAGGACGACCAAGAUGUGUGGCCGAAUCUGUUUAACUUUAACGUUAGUUUGGAAAACGCCUCUGGAUUUUGCCGUGGGAUUUUUGGCGACGAAUUUGUCAGCGAAAAUAUCAACCGAAAAGUCGCCGAGACUAAGGAUUACUAUGGUGGAAGGGUGGACUUGAAUGUAAGAUUUAGGUGUGUUUUAUAACGCAAAUGUCUCUGUUGGCAGGUUUCGAAUGUUCUUUUUGUGGAAGGAGAGAACGAUCCGUGGCGUCCCCUACAAAUGGAAGCGAAGUAUUUGAAGGGAACCAACGUGCUUGUUAUUAUAAAAGGUAACACCUAAAAACAACAUUAAAACAAAGAUAUGAAAUUUGAACACUCUUAGGUGGCACACACUGCGAAGGGAUGUUUCCAAAUAUGCAGCCCGAGGUCAGAAAUGCUCAAGCGAUAAUCCACUCACGGGUCCUGGAUUGGAUCGGGCUUCCGAACCCCAGCGACCCACCAGCUCGACGUUUUCCAACACGAAUGUACGAUCCAGUUGGUGGCCAUACGGGCGUGAAACCGGCCCGGAUAUAUGGAUUUCCUUACUUCGUCACGAAUUACGGUUAA